AGUCUCACAGUGUUAUACAGUAAUAUUUACUGAUGACGUUUCGAGCACAAACUAUUGCUCAUAAUCAUAUCAAGUUACUCACACAACUUCUUUCCUCCAUUUAUAUACAUGUGUGGAAUCGACUAGAUAUUGGAUUAAAAUUCAAUAUGAGAUAAUGUACAUUCAGAAAUAAUAGUACGAGUGUUAUUAAUCCAUUGCAAUUAAAUGGGAAAUACGACGAGUGUUUUUAUAAUUAUAAUAAGUUGAUUGUUAGAAUGUGUUUGAAUGGAAAUAGAUUAUUUAUUAUCCUCCUCUGAUUUGACUGGUGGCAAUAAUAAUAAUAAUUAUUAUAAAAACACUCGUCGUAUUUCCCAUUUAAUUGCAAUGGAUUAAUAACACUCGUACUAUUAUUUCUGAAUGUACAUUAUCUCAUAUUGAAUUUUAAUCCAAUAUCUAGUCGAUUCCACACAUGUAUAUAAAUGAAGGAAAGAAGUUGUGUGAGUAACUUGAUAUGAUUAUGAGCAAUAGUUUGUGCUCGAAACGUCAUCAGUAAAUAUUACUGUAUAACACUGUGAGACUCUAUCAAAAUAAAAAUUUACCCAUAAUGGAAUUACACUCUACCACAGUGCCCAAGUUUUAUUCUUAUACCAUGUAAUUAUAGGCCUAUCAAUAUAACACCUGUCAUAUCAAGGAUCAUGGAGAAAGUAAUCAAAGACCAAACGUCAGACUACUUUCUAAAACACAAACUCAUCAACCAGUCACAACACGGAUUCCUUAAGAAAAGAUCUUGCGUCACUUGCCAUAUAGACUUUUUCAACGAAGUCACCUAUAGAAGAGAUAGGAGAGAACUAGUAAUUAUCCUCUAUUUCGAUAUCAGGAAAGCCUUCGACAGAGUCCCACAUAGUCUGUUAGUCAGCAGGCUAUGCUCACUAGGGAUACGCAACCCCCUCCACAACUGGAUAAAAUCAUUUCUCAGUGACAGAAAUCAGACAACAAAAGCUGGCUCUAUAACCUCCAGGCCCUGACCAAUUAGCAGUGGUGUCAUCCAGGGGAGUGUAUUGGGCCCCCUUUUUUUCAUUAUAUACAUAAACAGUAUAUGUGAGUGCUUUAGUAUAGACAAGCCAAUAAUGUAUGCAGAUGACUUAAAGGUGACAUAUAAUUGCACAAAUACAGAUAUCGGUACAACUAUGAACUCCAUACAUGAAGAAUUAACAAAAAUGGAUAUGUGGUGCGACACCUGGAGACUUGAGUUUAAUGUCGAAAAGUGUGGCUGGCUCUGCAUAGGCUGUCCCAACCCAGAACUCGACCUAGCAAUUCAGGGCCACAAAAUCCCUAGACUCAAAUCUGUGCUAGACCUAGGACUGACAUAUUCACACAAUCUAUCAUUUUCUGAACAUAUCUCGAAACAAGUAUCGAAAUCACACAGGCUUAUUGGUUUCCUACUCAGGAACUUCUACAGAAGUGAAUCCAGAAUACUACUGUACAAGGUUUGUGUGCGCCCACUCCUAGACUAUUGUUCAUUCAUAUUUAGUAGUAUACGCAUAGAAGACAAACUAAAAGUAGAAGGAGUACAGAGGUACUUCACGCUAAAAGUACUCGGAACCGAAAACGGCACAAACUACUCCACCAGAUGUGAAAUUCUAGGACUAGAAACAUUAUGGUUAAGACGACUGCGACUAAAUCUGGUACUCUUCUAUAAACUACUUAACCACAUAGUGUAUACCCCUACUAAUUGUACUCGGUUUUCAGAAGACACUGGAUAUAACCUUAGACACACUAAAGGUACGGUGGCUACAGAACAAUGUAAAACAACCACCAGGCAAAACUUUUUCAUGAUUAGGUAUACCCAAAUAUGGAACAAACUACCUGAGGAAAUGCGACUAGCAAGCUCACUGGUGUCCUUUGAAAAAGCUCUUAAUGACACACUAAGUGGGUUUGCAAGUGAUACCAGUGCUAAUUCCCAUGUAGGAGCUUCAGAAAUUAUAGGCCCAUUUAAUGUAUGAACUUAGAGACUACACCUGCUGUUUCUUUUGCCUUUAUCUAUAAUUUCAGACAAAAAAGCAGCAGUCAUGAAAAUAACACCCAUACAAAUAAGAGUCGAUCGAAUUAU